UCUGAGCGCGUACCGGUGGUCUGCGCGCCUUCGGUCCAUGACCAAAGUCACCGUGACUCAGUGCAGCUGUCAACUCGGAAAAGCAACCAGUGUUUUUAAAACACCACUUCCGGUGUCAACCAUUCAGCUAUUGACAAUAUCGCGAGUGAUACGAACGGGAGUAGCGCCGCACUCUUAUUGUCUCAUAUCAGCAGUCGUACGGAUUCCGCAGACUCAACCCGGAAUGUGCUCUGUGAUUCGCCCGGUGAAGCCUGUCCAACGGGCUCUGUCUCUAACGCUCCGCCUGCGAGCCGCCGCCGGGGGCUCGGCCCAGGACAGACGCCUCCGUCCCGCCGUGAGAGCUGACGUUGGCCCGCUGCGAGCGAGCUGCCGGUCGUACUGCUCCGCGAUGUCGCGCACCGACGGACUGCUCUUCAGACAGCUCUUUGAGUUGGAGAGCAGCACGUACACCUACCUGCUGGCAGACACUGAGUCCAAGGAGGCCAUCCUCAUCGAUCCGGUCCUGGAGACCAUUGACCGGGACCUGAAACUUAUACGUGAACUGGGGCUCAAUUUGAAAGUAGCAGUGAACACCCACUGCCAUGCUGACCACAUCACGAGCACCGGGCUGAUGAAGAAGAGAUUGGCUGGUCUGAGGAGUGCCAUCUCCAAAUUCAGCGGCGCCUCUGCAGACAUCCUCCUGUCGGAGGGAGACAAGAUCUCCUUCGGAAAACAUCAUGUGACGGUGAGAGAGACACCGGGACACACUGACGGGUGUGUGUCGCUGGUGUCGGGGGAUCAGAGCAUGGCGUUCACUGGAGACGCUCUGCUCAUCAGAGGCUGUGGCAGGACAGACUUCCAGCAGGGCUCUCCCCAGAAGCUCUAUAAGUCCGUCCAUGAGAAGAUCUUUACUCUGCCCGACCAGUGCCUCAUCUACCCAGCACAUGACUACUUAGGUCAGACCGUGUCAACGGUCGGUGAGGAGCGCACCUUUAACCCCCGCCUGACCAAGAGCCUGGACGAGUUUGUGAUCAUAAUGAACAACUUGAAUCUCCCCAAGCCUCACAAAAUAGAUGCUUCAGUGCCUGCUAAUUUGGUUUGUGGAAUACACGAAGUCUGAAUGUCCUGCCGAAAAGGGGGGUUUUAUUGUUAUUCUUAAAAGUCCUUAACAUGUCUGUGUUUGUAUACCAGCAAAAUUACUCUAAAAUGGCUUUCCAUUUAGUGCUUUUCUGAAUUAUUCAUGUAUAUUUAAAGACAUGUAUGUAUGUAUGUGUGUGUCACUGGCAUCGUUGGGAUAAUGCUUCACAUUAAAACACAAUCAGCAGUCUUUAAACUAUUGGAAAUUAAAUCGAAACUUUGAUCACA